GGUUCUCGGUUGUUCGGAUAUCCUCACGUUAAUGCGAUUUCCAAAUUUCUGAACGUCAUGACUCAUGUUAUGCAUUUUUAACGAGUUUUGAAUUAUUUUUACUCAAUUUUGACAAAAUGAUGCUUCGACGGAUUCCAACUCGGUCGCCAUUCGUUUUACUUUGCAGCAAAACGUACAUGGAGAGCAGCAUACAUCAUUUUAUUCCAGUAUGUAGGCAUCAUAUCAUGACAAACAUCUCUUCAAAAGUACAUCCAACUCGAAGGGAAAUGAGGUCCCUCACAAGGAAAACCAGCCAGCUCCUCCGUCAUGUUCAGUCCAACAAAAUAUCCCAUGCCAGAACUUUAAGCUCAAAAAAGGAUGGUGAAAAAGGAGAAGCCUCGACUUCCCCCGACGGAGAUGAAAAACCAUUUGUAGUGACGACUGUGAAGGGCAAGAAGGAUGCGGAACCGAUGGUGAAGGCUUCGGAAGGAGCAGACCCGCCGUCUGAUCCAAAGGAGGCCAAGUCCUCUGCAGCUGAACGUCUUGCAAACCUAUCCAAGGCAUUGUCAUCGUACAAGGAAAGAAGAAGGAAAGUGGAUUACUCCAAGAAAUACACAGACAACAACACCAUAACAGCCGUCAGGGCUAUGAGUGACUACUUACUGAAAUCAAGUGAUCUGGAGCAGCUGAGGAAGACGGUGAGGAGGAGCCCUUAUGAUCAGGAAUCGAGUGAAAGGAACAUGAUGGUGUAUCUCAGAUCCGAUGUCGAACAAAAGGCUAUUGAGGUGUGGGGGAGUAUGGAAGCACUUGAAAUGGAGAAGAAGAAGAGGAGAGAUAGAGAGGCUGUAUAUAAAGAACAUUUGUUCCUGCUCAAGAGAGCAAUGAGGGAAUACGACUCUUUCUUUAGUCCCAAAGAGCCAACACCAUCAAUCUUUGAGGGUCCGGGCCAGGUUGUGCUGUCGGCAAUAGCCAUCAACACAGGAAACUUUGUGUUCAAGUUGAUGGCAUGGUUGUACUCUGGUUCAUCCAGUAUGUUCUCGGAAGCAAUCCACUCCCUAGCAGAUGUGUGCAAUCAAUGCAUUCUUGCCUUCGGUAUCCAUCAGUCUAUCAAGAAACCAUCAAGGGAUCAUCCGUAUGGGUUCAGCAACAUGCGUCACAUCUCAUCCCUGAUCAGCGGUGUGGGUAUCUUCUGUGUGGGAGCUGGUCUCUCCUUUUAUCACGGUAUCACAGGGUUACUGCACCCUGAGCCUAUAGAAUCACUCAUCUGGUCCUACUGUAUCCUGGGCGGAGCUCUGCUUACCGAAGGAGCAACGCUGGCUAUUGCCAUCAAUGCUAUCAGGAAAGGAUCUACAGCCAGGAGAAUGAAGUUUUGGGAUUAUGUUUGGAGGGCUAGGGAUCCCAGUGUCAACGUGGUGUUCAUGGAAGACACUGCGGCUGUUAUUGGUGUGCUUAUUGCUGGAAGCUGUAUGGGCCUGACCUCGCUGACUGGGAACCCGAUGUAUGACUCGCUAGGAGCUAUAGGAGUCGGGACUCUACUAGGUGCUGUAUCUGGUUUCCUCAUCUACACAAACACCAUGGCCCUCACUGGCCGGUCAAUCCCAGAUGACCAGCUACUCAGACUCAGUGAGGUUAUGGAGAAUGAUGUCAUGAUCAGAGGAGUAUAUGAUGUGAAGGCCACAGACAUGGGUGUGAAUACGAUACGAUUCAAGGCUGAGCUGGACAUUGAUGGCGCAGAGCUCACAAGGUCAUACCUUGACACGCAGGACCUGGAAGUUCUUCUCAAGGAAAUCCAGAGCUUUCAGAACCUAGAGGAUGUGGAGUCUUUCAUGCUGAAGCACGGUGAGAGGAUCAUCGAUCAGCUUGGUGCAGAGGUCGACAGGAUAGAAAAACUUAUCAAGGCAACAGACCCUGAGGUAAGGCAUGUGGACCUUGAGAUUCUCUAAGACCACGCCUCUGCAGGAUGUUCCUCUUCUUUCAUCGUGGCAUCUCAAGACCAUGACCAAUGGAUCUAGUUCUUGUUUCCUGUGAGUCUUGAGGAGUUCUGGUAAGAUCACACUUCUUCAGAAUGUUCCUCUUCCUUCAUCGCACCCAAGGACUGUGACCAAUGGAUCUUCUAGUUUCCUGUGACUUGUGAGUCUUAAAGGAUUUCUGGUAGGAACCCAUGAUAACGUGUCAUUCUCUACUUUUAUGUUUUUGAUAAAAGUUGCAUGAAAGAACUCGGACCAAUGGAUCUGCAAGUUCCUUCGAUAAGUGAGUCUUCAGGAGUUCAGGUAGGAGUCAGUGACCACAAGUCAGGAAUCACUUUUCUGUUUUUGAUCAGAUUUACAUAGGUUGCCACACUGAGUCGAUGUCCUCUCAGCAGGAUCUUCCGAUGGUCAGGAUUAUAGGUGUAUGUCAUAUGUACAGUACCUGAGAAGCUGACUGGAAUAUAGCAAUGUUGGUCCGUCCCCAGGUUAGUCCACAAUAGCUGGUAGAAAGUUUUGUAGGAAGCGAGAUGGAGGGGUGUGGUGCCACUUUAUAUCAGGCAGAACUCUGAAUUGAGGCACUCGUAGUUGAUUUUCGGGUUAAUGCGCAUGUAGAUGACAGUUUGGGUUCACAAAGUAACUCACUGUUUUUUAUCAAUCCUAAGUGAUAUCUUUGUGAGGUAACUAGGGUUAAAAGAGCACCAUCUUGUCCCUUGUUAAGAGUUUUUAUAUCGAGUGAUUUACGGGAUGAUUGAUAGAAAUAUGCAAUAUGGAGGGUUAGGCAAACUCUCUUUAAUCGAUUAGAAACACUGGUCAUGUCAGGGGAUGUGACAAUCCCCAAGACGUUCCAUUGGUAUGCAUUGUAGGUAAGAAAUAAAUGGAUCGUGCUCCAUCAAGGGAAAGGUCACAUGUUGAUAAGGAUAGAGAAUCACCUGUAGGAAGUCAUCCAUGAGAAUACAGAUUCAAAGCCUAUCAUUGCCAAACUGUGAAGAUUUCAGACAGACAUUCUUCAGGAUGAUUAAUAACAUAAGCGAGGUAAAUGUUCUAUGUUAUUCAGUAGUUAUCUUGUGCUUCCCUCCAAAAUUGCUGCAUCUCAUGUUGGUUCCUACAGUGGCUGUUUGAGGCAAUCAAAGUAAUCAAGGUUGUCCGUGUAGCACUUGAUAAAUAUGUUAAUGUUGCCUGCACGAUGAACAUACAUUUAUCAAUUAAAAAUGCACAUGCAAAUGAAUAGCAUUUGCAUUUAAAAAAAACACGAACAUGAUAAUGAUUAUCACUCUUAUAAUUACACUGCAGCAUAAUUUCCAGCUUUCAUUUGCAUAUUCAAUAAUUUUCAAAGUGUGGUGUUAAUUUCUGGUGUUGGUGGUCUAAGGCUGAUUUGUCACACAGCAGCAGGCCUGCAGUAGAGCUGGUGCCGGGACUAACCUCACAAGAGGUGUGUUACCUUCAAUUUGUCAUCUUAAAAAAAAAAAAUUUGGGUUGAAUAUUGAAAAUUAUGGUGCAAACAAUUUUGCCUUUGACUUUAACAUACAAAUAAAGAUCUGGUAAAAUACUAUUGAAAUAAUGGUACUCUGUUGAAAAAAAAAACUCUGGUUGAAAAAUAACAUGAGUUAUCUCUGGUAAAAUUGUGUAUGCUAUAGGUCCCAAGUGUUCAGUUAUCACUGAUUAUAGUGGUAUCGCUUAUUUUAAACCCUUAUCUGGUGAUGGAGCUGUAUAAGACACCUUGACUCCAACACCAUUACAAACACCUUACUAGAAAUCAGCAAAAGUCUCUCGGUCGUACAAAUCUAUAACCGGUACAUGUAUUCAUAUUCCCAAUGGCUGAAGUCAAGUUGCCAGUGCAUUGAAAUAUAUAUAUUUGAGACAGAAAGUUAUGAUUAUGAUGCCCUGUCAGAACAUGCAUUUAAUGAAAUAAUGUUGCAAAAAAAUAAAUGGGUAAAAUGACCAGAAAAAUGAUGAAUCCUAUGGUACAUGAUGAGUCAUAUGGUACAUGUAUUACAAUCUAACAUUCAUUCUUCAAGUUUUAAUUUGUUAUAUGGUGCAGUCACAUUUCCCCUACGGCGGCCGUACAUGGAGUUGGAGACAGUCAUUUUAUUAAUUUUUAUUCUAACCACCUAUAUGGAGCGUUGCGGCCCAUUGGAUUAGUCUUCUGAUUUUGAAACAGAGGGUCGUGGGUUCGAAUCCCAGCCAUGGCAUAAUUUCCUUCAGCAUGAAAUUUAUCCACAUUGUGCUGCACUCAACCCAGGUGAGGUGAAUAGGUACCCGGUAGGAAAAAUUCCUUGAAUGCUUCAGCACUUAGGCAGCCCAGCUAAAGCCGGGCUAAUAAUAAUAGCAGGGCCCGCUGGGAGAACAGUUUUCAGAACUGAAGGGGCUUCCCUGGGUAAAUAUGCCUAUAUUAUUAUUAUAUGUAGCUAGUACAAAAAAUGUUACAACGGCUGUUUUCUACUAACCAUACGGCCGUUGUAGAGCAAAUGUGACUGAGGUAUUACUUUUAGAGAACGUGACAAUAAUCUGUUUGAAGAAGCAUACAUAUAGUAAUAAUGUAAAGUUUCAUGAUGGUUAAAUCACUGAACUCACAAUAAUGCAAUAUUAUGAUUGUCGAGUUUGAUUAUACAGUAUAAAUGUGCAAAUUUGCAUUAUUUGUGUGUAGAGAUUCUAUUUGUGAACUGAAAUUCUUGGAAGCUAUCCAUUUGUUGUAUUUGAAGUUUUUAUUACUAGUUCUUCUGAGAGAUAAACAAACUUUAAUGUUUCAAUGUCAAUAAGGUUGUUUUUUGCAUGCUCUAACAUAGGUAAAUUGACAAAGUAAAAGUGCAAUUUAUUUAGUGUCAGUCAUUGAUAUUUAAUUUUAUUUCCCAUUCUCACAUUCUUUGUGUUAAAGCCUAUCUAAAAUCUUCUGUAAAUGGUCUGUAAUGUGAACUAUACUCAAGUAUCAUCUAACACUUCAAUCUUACAGAAGUGAAUUUUUUUCCAGCUGUUAGAAUUCAAGUUUGGCAUUGUUUCAUAUCCAUAGAUAGCACCCUGUUCCAGUAAUUUUCUUUAUCUAAAAAUAUGAUUUGAACACUUACUUUACCAUUUUAGUAAUUGGAUACUAGAAUGCUACAGACAAAGAUUACAUGUAUAUCCUGAAUUUUUCAGUCCAUUCCAUGCUUGAGGACGGAGGUUUUAUGAACAAGAAAACAGAAAAUAUGCAGAUAUUUAAUUUAAAAUGGGUAAAUAUGUGUAAUAGAACACAUUUGUAUUUUUUAUAUCCUUCAUGUCAUAACCCUUUAAGGGCACUUACAUCAUAUGAUUUAGUAAUGAAUAUGAAGAGUGAAAUGUAGAUGGGAGAUUUACCAAACCAUACAGAUAGGCUUUAAUGAAUGAAAAUUUCGCCUCAGUCCGACGAAUUGACUGAUCCAAAAAAUGUUAGAGGCCCCCUCAAACUUUAGCCUUUGUGCCGCUGAUAAUUCAAGAUCAUGCUGGCUGGCUGAAUCGAGAGGCUCCUAUGUAAACAUGUAAUACCAAUUAUUUUAGUACUGAUAAUAUACAAAUAGCGAAUAGGCAUGAUUGCGACGGUGCAAGAUUUUGCAUGAGGUGAAAAAAACGAGGCGUUGGUUGAGUUGAAUAGAGCGUCUCUUUCACCGAAUGUGAAAUCUCGCAUUAUUGCACAAAUAAGAAUAUUCGCUAUUUGUGUUGUACAAUGCCUCGGAAGUUAGCGAAAAUAUUAAAGAAAAUAUGAAAAAACAAAGAGUUUUUCCCUGCAGUAAUCUAUGAAAAGGGAGCUCAAAUAUUGGAAGCAAAAUCCCACAAGCGCACAUGACCUUGGGCAGCUUUGCGCAUUUAGGCAGCAGGCUUAUACGCGUAUUGCACCUUCAUUUUUAUUGAGCGCAAUGAAUUAAAUCGUAUUGUGACGUCACCUCCUAAAGCCGUGCAACAGUACAUUUUGGAUGGUACGUCUUGUGUGCAACGGUACAAAUGUUUGACAUUCAGCCUCCCAUUUGCUUGCGUACAGCAAGCUAAGUAGGCGUUGUACAAAAUGUUCUGUUGUAUAUUUCAUGUGAUCUGCUAUGAAGGAAUGCCAAAGUCUGCAUAUCUGCACUACAAUUAUUCAGUAUGGAAUUGAAAUAUAUGUGUAAUGUGGUCCACCUGCCAGUCAUAAGGAUUGGUAGUAAUAUUCAUAAGUUAAUUAGGGUCAAUAUUCAUAAGGGUCACCUCUCAUAACGGUGGCUUGUCCCAAUCAACGAUGAGGGUCACUAGUCAAGCAAAACCACCUCGCUCGGCAGGUGUCAACACUCACUAAAAAUUGAAAAAAGAAGCCAAAAUCACAAUGAUUUCAUGUACCAUCUUCUCGUCUUUCUGUGAAAUUAUUCUUUCCGCCAAGCCCUGCAUCUUCUUUCAAUAGUUCCUGAGGUCAGCUCUCAAAUCCUUGUGGAAGGAAUCCGCUGUGAAAUGAUCGCUGCACACCACACUAUUUCGGCUGUAUUUGUAGGUUGCAUAAGACAGACAUUCCAUUUUCCACAUCUUUCUCUACUGAUUUGGGGCCUGAUAUUGAAAAAAAACACAUUUGCUUUACUUCUAGAUGAGUCAUUUAUACAUCCAAUCGCCUGGUAGAGCACCAUUUUCCUAGCUAUUUACACGUGAGAGACUGCAAGGGAGAGCGAAAGAUGGCCAAGGCACGUCGUUGAGCUGAUCGCAUGCUACAUCACUUACUCGAUACAAUCAAGUAAUUUCUUGCAAUCAUUUCUUAUCCAUUGCCUAUAAUUGGGGGCUAAUUUUGGUUCUAAAAAUCUAUUUUUCUUGAUUAUCUGAAGUUGGAUUGAGAUGGGGAUGGUUUCAUUUUUUAAAAGGUAUGUUUCACUUGUCAUUUCCACCUCC